AUUUGAUUUGUUAAAGCCAAUAGCCCUGUAAAGUGGCAUAUUAUCGUUUGGUCCUCCUAUUCAAUGCCAAUUGAUAGCACGAACUUGUAAAUCCAAUUUGAAUAGCGUUUAAACUCUACAUUCGCGCAUCUUUGAAGUUCAUACUGUAGUACUGUGCAUCACAUCGCUUGUAUAUUCUUCUACGGCAUUUGGUAUUCCGGUUCCGGUACGGUAAUGAUACCCCAUGAUUCACCGACGUAAUAACCAAGUCAACAAGCCGUACCGUACACGUACUUGUUUGCUUGUUUAAUAUAUUUAAAGGACGUAAAUUCCAAUGACUAUGGAUGUAGAUUUAUUGAGGCCAGGGACGGUACCGAUAUCGCCCGAUACUGUUUUAUGGUUUGAAUUUCUUUUAAAUCCAUCAUUGUUGCAUAGCCAUAUUUCAAAACCAUCACCUGAUCCAUCGCCAACUGAUCUUAUUAUAAAAUUCAUGACCAUAAACGCAGAGCAAAACAAUGAUGUCAAAGUCAUUGAAAAUGAUGCAAACGAUUUGAAAAUAAAUGUUAUGAGCAAAUGGACCUACAAGAAUUUGGCUCUAAAAAUUCUUUCGUUAAAAGUAGCCGCGUAUCUGAAAUGGGAUUUGGAGUUGUUGCAAAAGAAAUUACCUUUGCAAAUGCAAUUAACAUUGUUGCAAGAUUUAUUUUACAUAGCCAUGGAUAUUGUCGUGGAGAUACCAAUAGUUCCAGAAAAUGCGCCAAAUAAUAUUUCAGAUCGAGAUUUAUUUACAUUAAUAUUAUAUCACAGAUGGUUAUUGAGAGCUAUCGUCUACAGGGCUUUAAAUAAUAAGCAGCCAAAGUUAUUCGUUCAUAACGCAGUGAUUCAGGAGACAAAUUAUGUAGCCUCUACGAUAAACGAUGAAAUAAUAAGAAAAUUAGAAUUACACGCGACAAACAGUAUUAAUUUUUUAAAUACAGUUUUGCAAUUGAACGAUUUGAAGCCUAAGGUUCUUUCAUUGGAUACCUUUCAAAUGUUAACGGAAAAUAGCACUGAAAUAAAGCAAAAUUGGGAUAGCGUGCAUAGUAUAACGGAAGACGAGUUAAAAUGCCAGGUGCAUUAUGAUCUUGCGGUUUUUCAUAUCCUUAAAGCAGAAUAUCAAACGGCAAAGUAUCAUAUUAGUCAAGCCAGGGACUUGUACAAUAAGCUCGAUACUUCAACGCCAAUGUUAUAUUGUAAUAUUAAUAAGCAAUACUUGGACGGAUACUGUUUAGCUUGCGAAGUGCCUGUUGAAAAUAAAGCACCAAAUCUUACGCAACAGUUGCUUACGUCUAUCAAAGAUCAAUACACAAAUAUCUUACAAAUCUUACAAGCGGAUAAUAUAGUGAGAGAAAUUCCGCAAGUCUACAGAGAUAAUUUAGAAUUAGAUAUCCAGGGUGGCUUAGUAAAUAGGAAAAUAAUUGUCGCACGCGAUUUAUUAUUACAGAUUCAGUGCCUUAAUCUCGUUCGAAAAGUUGUAGAAAAUGAAACGAUUAUUGGAGAUUAUGUUUCAGAAAUCAAAGCUGCAGGAUCCAAAGGAUUAGAAGUAUUUUUUUGGGCAUUUAACGGAGUGCUUGAAAAAUCAUCGGCUCUCGAUAAACAAAGAAUCGUUCGUCAUUUGUUAUAUCUUGUUUUAAUGCGAGAUAUCGAUGGUCUUGCCAAUAAAAUUUUAACCGAUGCUAAUUAUGCUAGCCUGUUCGACGCCACCGAACUCGAGGAAAUCAAAAAGGAAGCAUUUCCCGACGAUUUGGAUAUUCCAAAUUUAUUAUUAAAUAACGAUUGGGGUAUUGCUCCCGUUGACUAUACACAAAAACAAAAAAUAGGCAUAUUUGAAUUAGAGCAACGGCUUAUUUUAUCGUAUAAUCCGCAUGAAAUCCGGCAAAUUCUUAUGGAAAUUGUGCGCAUCGACAAUUCAAGUUAUGUAAAACCACAAUGGCGAAUCAAUAACUUUUGGGAAAUACCGAUCCCUUUGCAAAGUGUUAUAUCUUCUAUACCGGAAGGUUUUCUAAAAGAUUAUUCCUACAUUUUACUGGCAAAAAGUAAAGAGCUUGCGUUGGCCAAAGACUUCCCUGGAUCAAAAACAUUACUCAAUAUAGUUGAAAACGAAGUGCAACAUCACGCACAAAGCUUAAACGAAGCUAAUAAACUUCUCAUGGGAGGCAAUAAUUUAAUAUUUAAGCUAUUGAAGCUCCUAAAUUGGGAAUCUUUGUUGAUUGAAAUAUGUUAUUAUUUGCAUGCUUGGCCCGCUACUAACAUAUGCGACACCCAAGCUGUGACGGUACAAUGCAAACAGUGCCUACUUACCCUCCAAUCGACCGAUCAAGUAUUACCUAGACAAGAAAUUAUCGAGUACUGUACAGUUUUUUUAUUAAAUAUGUCGGAGUGGGACUAUUUAACCAGCCUGGAGAAACAGUGGAGCUGCUUUGAAUUCGCAGCCGCACUGAGUAACGUAGCAAAGUAUAAGGGGCAAAAGUUUCCCAAAGAAGCUUGGGACAUGGUACUCGCAGCUUGCAAGUCAAAUCGUGAUCUGCCACAAAAACGUAGUAGCAGUAAUAGUGGCUCAUCGGGAAAUAGUAUAUCAAGGGAUUCCCUAAUUAACAUAUCAUCGACUUUCAGUCGAUUAAGAGAGCUUACGGUUCUCAAUAUUUCAAUAUCCUUACUCGCACGAUUGCACAACAUAUUGCGCGACGAAUCGAGCUUAGAGCUUUACACUACGUAUUUAAAUAUGUGGCCCGCUAGCAUACCAAACGCAAAACUAUAUAAUAUGAGAAUUAUAAGCGAGUAUUUAUUUCAAUUGUUGUCUCAAGCAUUAAAGUAUUAUCCAAACAACGUACCCUGGCUCAGACUCAUGGGGGAUCUCAACUUUGUGCUUGGCUAUUACGAGAGCGCCAUGAAGUAUUAUUUGGAAGCAAUUAUAGUAGCCAGUGACCUGUUCACUCUACCCGUGCGAGGGCAAAUAGAUGAUUUGGUUUAUAGACGGAUGAUUAAAUGCUGUGCUCACCUGCAAUGUAAUACCCAAGCGGUCGUGCUUUGUCAGUUUUUAGACGAAGUUGACUAUGCUUUGGCUUUUAAAAUGGCUGGAAACGAACAGAAAAAUGCCGCGCCCAAUGAUGCCAUGGAUGCCUACUACCAUUGCAUUUGGGACACGACAAUACUUGAAUAUUUAAUUAAUUUACAUACUAAGAGAGGAGAGCAUCAUCGAAAGCAGCUUGCGAUCAAGGUCAUAGGACUUUUAGAACUUAAUUCUAAUAACAAUGAGGAAAUACAGAGAGAAGCUGCCAAUACUCGUAAAGCAAGGUUUCUCCGUGCUCUAGCAAAGCAAUAUGUCUAUUGAAAAAUUAUUGAAAUAGAGAAAUGUCCUUCUUGUGAUGUGAAAAUGACAUUUGGUAAUAUUUGUAAAUACCUUUGUUUCUUCAUUUUUUUU